ACCACCCAUCCAUCUUCAACAACAUUUGAGUCCAAAAUACAAUAGUUCACUCCAUCCUUCUCUCCAUAUCUAGUCCCUCUCAGACAUUCUCUUCCUCUCUUUGAAUUGCUUGAGUUAUUAAUUCCUGCAGUAGUUCUUCACACAAAGAUCUCCACUCAUUCCACCCUUAACCCCCCACCACACAAAAAAGAAAACGAAAAUGAAGCUCUUGUCUACAAAAGCCACAUGCAAUACUCACGGCCAGGACUCAUCAUACUUCCUAGGUUGGGAAGAAUAUGAGAAGAAUCCUUAUGAUGAGAUUGUCAAUCCCAAAGGAAUUAUUCAGAUGGGUCUUGCAGAGAAUCAGCUCUCUUUCGAUCUUCUAGAGUCUUGGCUUGCUAAGAACCCAGAUGUACCUGGUUUCAAACGCGAUAACAAGUCCAUAUUCAGAGAGCUUGCUCUCUUCCAAGACUACCAUGGCCUACCUUCCUUCAAGAAGGCACUGGUGGACUUCAUGGCGGAGAUAAGAGGGAACAAGGUGGCUUUUGAUCCCAACCACAUUGUACUCACAGCUGGGGCCACCUCCGCAAACGAGACCCUCAUGUUUUGCCUCGCCGAACCAGGCGAGGCCUUCCUGCUCCCCACUCCAUACUAUCCUGGGUUUGAUAGAGACCUUAAGUGGCGAACUGGGGUGGAGAUUGUUCCAAUACAAUGCAAUAGCUCCAACAACUUCCAAAUCACUAAGUCUGCACUUCACCAAGCUCAUGAACAAGCAAAAAAGCAAAACCUCAGAGUCAAAGGUGUGUUGGUGACGAACCCAUCGAACCCACUAGGCACCACAAUGUCUCGGGGUAAACUGGACCUUCUCCUCGACUUCAUCAAAGACAAAGACAUGCAUUUGAUAAGCGACGAGAUUUACUCCGGAACAGUUUUUAGCUCUCCAGGCUUUGUCAGUGUCAUGGAGGUCCUCAAGGAAAGAACCCAUAACCUUAAGGACUCCGACGACACUGCACAAAUUCGGGACAGAGUUCAUGUUGUCUACAGUCUCUCAAAAGACUUGGGUUUGCCGGGUUUCCGCGUUGGCGCUAUCUACUCAGAAAACGACACUGUCGUGGCGGCUGCGACAAAGAUGUCGAGCUUCGGCUUGGUUUCAUCACAAACUCAAUACCUUCUCUCCGCAAUGCUCGGUGAUAAGAAGUUCACUAAAAACUACAUCUCUGAGAAUCAGAAGAGGCUGAAACGGCGACAAAGAAUGCUGGUUUCAGGGUUGCGAAAAGCGGGUAUUGGAUGCUUGAAGACCAACAAUGCAGGCUUGUUCUGCUGGGUUGACAUGAGGCACCUUCUCCGUUCCAACACAUUUGAAGCGGAGAUGGAGCUUUGGAAGAAGAUAUUGUACAAGGUUGGGUUGAACAUAUCACCUGGGUCAUCGUGCCAUUGCACUGAACCUGGUUGGUUCCGCGUGUGUUUUGCUAACAUGUCGGAGGAUACUCUGAACCUUGCAAUGAAACGUUUGAAGGCCUUCGUUGGUGAUUCUAGAGUGGAAGGUUCAUGUAGUAGUAGUAGUAGUAUCAGAGCUCAAUCUAGUGGAAGUGGAACCUCAGCGAGAAAGUCACUCUCUAAAUGGGUUUUCCGGCUAUCAUCUCGUGAACAAGAAGAACGAUAGCCUGGUCAUGAUGGAAGCUUGAUGAACGCAUGCAUGCACCAUUAACUUGUCUUGUUUUUUUACUCCACAAAUAUUUUUGGUGGAGUUACAGCCAAAUCGGUUUUUAAAAUUUUUAAUGGUGAAAUUGUAGAGGGUAGAGAAAAACACUCGGUCCAUUUGGAUGUGAAGUGUGAGCUCUAGUCAUCUCGGUUUGUGUAAGUUCCAUUUCAAUCACCUUUAGCCAGAAAAGUCUUGUUAGUAUGAUCGAUGGAAAAAAUUGUAGUGUAAAAUUAUUAAUUAAUUAAUGUGUACGUUCAUGGUUUACUAUUUGUUGUCCCGAAGAGAUCUGUAUAAAUAUUUGCAAAUUAAUCAUGCGA